GUGAAGAUGGCGAUGAGAGCAGCGCUGCGGUGCCUCUCCGCAAACUUACCCACCGGACUUGGCAAGCUCUCGCCCGCGGCGGCUCUCCCUGCCACGCGGCUUCUGUGGUCAGCCAGGACACUGAGCACCACGGCCGCCCGCUCCGAAGCUUUAAAGUUCACAGAUAAGCACGAGUGGGUGCGAGUACAAGGUGACAUUGGCACUGUCGGUAUCAGCAAUUAUGCUCAGGAAGCUUUAGGUGAUGUGGUGUACUGCGGACUCCCAGAAGUCGGCCAAAGCCUCGAACAAAUGGAGGAGUUUGGCGCCUUGGAAAGCGUGAAGGCCGCCAGCGAGCUUUACUCGCCGCUGACUGGUGAAGUUAAGGAAAUCAACAGCGAGCUGGCAGACAAUCCCGGGCUGGUGAAUAAAGCUUGUUAUACAGAUGGUUGGCUCAUCAAGAUGACCAUAGAUAGGCCGGAUGAACUGGAGGGCCUCAUGGAUCAAGCUGCAUAUGAAAAUUUUCUCAAAUCACUGGAAUCAUAA